CAAAAUUCUUGCCGUAUAAGCACCUCUCCACGAUAUUUCUUCAAGCUUUCCUCUUACAUCUCCGUUUUCUCUUGUAUUAAACCCCAAGUAACCAGGCUGCGCAUAAUUCGGGAUAUCCACCGCACUACGUGUAUAUCAUCCUCCUUAUUGCCUCUCGUAUAAACCGUCAGAACUCCUGAGGAACACUACACACAGCCAAACGCCUCCAGAAACCAUAGUUCUUUGAUCCAUACAUCAAUUGACGCUUUGCAGUUGCCGUCUCUGUCUAUUUCUAGAGAAACCACAAAUACUGUUGCAUCGAGACUCGGUCCAUAAACCCCUCCCCCUCGAAAAAGAAUUUCACUGUUUGAUCCUCUUAUUUGACUAUUGCUCUAACAAUUGAUCCACAUUUACAAAUAUACAUCUUAAGCCAGUGUCCUACCUUUCAGCUUCUGGCUUUGUUUUGUUUUUCUCGUUCUGAUUUCUAUUAGAUUUUGCCUCCCCCCAUUCGUUGUCCUCAUGUCCUUCACUGGAGUCCAUCCUGAGCAGUCCGGCUUUGCGCCGCCGAUGCAGGCGCUCGGUGCCAACCAUCCCACAGAGUUGGCCUCGAACUUUCCCAUUCCGCAGCCCCCUAACGAGUCGUUUGUCAACUCCUCCGUCAAGCCCCGCACUUUGUGGAUGGGUGAUUUGGACCCAUGGGCGACCGAGGAAUCCGUAGGCCAGAUCUGGAAUAACGUGGGUAAGAACGUAUUGGUCAAACUUAUCCGUGUCAAAAGAGGCAGCCAUCAGGGCGACCCGAACUUCACGCCUCACUCCGGGUACUGCUUUGUGGAAUUCGACAGCUUUGACGACGCCCAAUACGCCUUGUCCUUAAACGGCUCCCCCAUUCCCAACGCCAGCGAUGGUUCAGACCAUUCGGGAAGCGACAGUGGCAACUUUAAGGCUUUUAGAUUGAAUUGGGCUGCAGGUGCCACCCUAUCUUCCCCGAUCUCACAGUCCCCAGAGUACUCUCUUUUCGUGGGUGAUCUUUCCCCUCAAACAACCGAGGCACACCUCUUGGCGCUUUUCCAGACAAAAUAUCAGUCAAUCAAGACAGUGAGAGUGAUGACCGAUCCUGUUUCCGGCUCCUCGAGAUGUUUUGGCUUUGUCCGCUUCUCCAACGAGUUUGAAAGAUCACAAGCCGUAGCUGAAAUGCAGGGCGUUUGGUUGUCCGGCCGGCCUUUACGUGUUGCUUUUGCCACGCCUAGGAACAUUGCCUCUAAUAGCUCUCCUUCUGCUGCCAAUGGCUUGAUGAUGAGCCAUGCCGUCCCACCGCAUGCCCGGAUUCCAAGCCAUCCACUUGGGAUGCCUGCCCAUGGAGGUUACGAAAACUACAUGCUUCCGCCAGGCAUGGCCCCAGCUCCAGGGUACCAUGGGAUUUCGCCACAACAGCCUCCAAUGCCGUUCUAUCCCCAGCAAGCUAGCGGCGCCGGGGAGGCCAAUUCUGGUAACCCAUCCAUGCCCCCACAGGCGCCAAAAUCCAUGGCUGCGCAGGCGUUUACCGACCCAACAAACACCACCGUGUUUGUGGGUGGCUUGACCUCAGGAGUACCCGAGCAGACCUUGCUUCAGUUGUUCCAGCCGUUUGGUCACAUUCUCCACGUCAAGAUUCCCCCGGGGAAGGGCUGUGGGUUUGUCAGGUUCGGUCAAAGAGAAGAUGCCGAACGAGCCAUUGCGGGCAUGCAGGGCUUUGCCAUUAGUGGUUCCAGAAUCAGGUUGUCGUGGGGAAGAUCCCAGCACAACGGCAAUAUGGCUGGCAACCCUCACCCGAAUCAGAUGCCUCCGCACUUUAUGAACCAACCACAGCAGUUUGGUAGCAAUGGUAACCCGGGUGCCAGUCACGCCCCACCUUUCGAUCUGCAGAUGGGCAUGAUGAUGAUGCCAGGAGACCCACAGACCAAUGCCUCCAACUUCCAGGGAGGAUUCCACGCGCCCCCUCCGUUCCCUCUGCCUGCCCAUGACCAGUCUGGAGGCAUGAUGGGGAAUCGUUUUCAUGGUCGGGGAGAUAUGAAUGCGCUCGAUCAAGGAAUGCAACGUUUGAACAUGGAUGCCCCCCUGACAGAUGGCUAUCUGGCCGAUACCUCUGCGCAGCCCCAGCACAUUCCUCCGGAGUUAUUGGGCCAAGGUGGCGACUUGCACUUGAGAAAUCGCAAAAACGACUCGGCUUCUUCCACUUCUUCCGGUGCCUCCCAGACGUCUGCUGUCAGCGGCUCCAAUGGCUUAGGUGCUAACGUGGUUUCUCAGUCGGCUUUAUUACAGCAGCAAGUGGAUGCCACUGACGGUUCUGGUGGCUCGUCCAAGUUGAAGGAGAUGUACCAGGCAGCCUCUAGAGGCCAAUUGGAUUCUAUCUAAAGCUGUGGUUCUCUUAUUCCACUGUUGUUUCCCCUGUUCGUUCCAAAAGCUUAUUUGGUUACCGUUCUGAUGUCCAUUAUUGUUGAUUUGCUUUUCACCCUCAGUAUUGUUUUGUUGCUUCAGUUCUUGUCUCCGUAGCCUUCAUGGUCUACUCUCUGUUUAACCACUUAUAUUUAUAUUUCCUACCCACAAAUGGCUCUGCUUUACUUCGUUUUUUUCUGGAAAGCGGUAUUAAAAAGUGUACACUCGUUUUUUGUUCUGUUUCGUGUUUUAUUUCGUAUCUUUUAUAUUUGUAUAUAUGAGGAUUUAU